UUUUUAAUUAUCUGCCACCUCCCCUGCCCUUCUUUCACGAGAUACACAUAUAUCUUAUAUAUUUUUUAAGGACUCUUUGCCUCUCGUCUCCCCCCUCCAAGGAAGGGGAAAGAAAAGAAUUUUUAUUUUUUAUUUUUUAAUUUUUUUUCUUCACCUUGCCACCAGGCCCGAAUCAUCAUCUAUGUUGAAUAUCCUCACUGAUCUGUCUUGAAGGACAAAAAAAUACAAAGCUUUUUUUUUUAUAUAUAUAUCUAUCUAUAUAUCUAUAAUUUUCUCUUUCUUAAAUAGCUUAUUACAAAAAGGAGUGAAAAAGCCCAGAGGACGAAGCUUCCUUCUUUCCCCCCCCCCAACCCCCUCCCCACCCACCCCCUUUUCUUGUGGGAGAACUACUUAAUGCUGCAUUUUUCAUUAACUUAACCUCCCAGCCUAAAAACAAAAGGAAGAAAAGGAGGAAGGAAGGCAAAGAGUGUGAUUCGCAAAGAGGGAUCAUCAUGUCAGGGCGGCCCAGAACCACCUCCUUUGCGGAGAGCUGCAAACCAGUGCAGCAGCCUUCAGCUUUUGGCAGCAUGAAAGUUAGCAGAGACAAGGAUGGCAGUAAGGUAACCACAGUGGUGGCAACUCCUGGACAGGGCCCAGAUAGGCCUCAGGAAGUCAGCUAUACCGACACAAAAGUAAUUGGAAAUGGUUCCUUUGGUGUGGUAUAUCAAGCCAAACUUUGUGAUUCAGGAGAACUGGUUGCCAUCAAGAAAGUAUUGCAGGACAAGAGAUUUAAGAAUCGUGAACUUCAAAUCAUGAGAAAGCUAGAUCACUGUAACAUAGUUCGAUUGCGUUAUUUCUUCUACUCAAGUGGUGAGAAGAAAGAUGAAGUCUAUCUUAAUCUGGUGCUGGAUUAUGUUCCGGAAACAGUAUACAGAGUUGCAAGACAUUAUAGUCGAGCCAAACAGACGCUCCCUGUGAUCUAUGUCAAGUUGUAUAUGUAUCAACUGUUUCGAAGUUUAGCCUAUAUCCAUUCCUUUGGAAUUUGCCAUCGGGAUAUUAAACCACAGAACCUCUUGUUGGAUCCUGAUACAGCUGUCUUAAAACUCUGUGACUUUGGAAGUGCAAAACAGCUGGUCCGAGGAGAACCCAAUGUUUCAUAUAUCUGUUCUCGGUACUAUAGGGCACCAGAGUUGAUCUUUGGAGCCACUGAUUAUACCUCUAGUAUAGAUGUAUGGUCUGCAGGCUGUGUAUUGGCUGAACUGUUGCUAGGACAGCCAAUAUUUCCAGGGGACAGUGGUGUGGAUCAGCUGGUGGAAAUAAUCAAGGUCCUGGGGACACCAACCAGGGAACAAAUUAGAGAAAUGAACCCAAACUACACAGAAUUUAAGUUUCCUCAAAUUAAGGCACAUCCUUGGACUAAGGAUUCGUCAGGAACAGGACAUUUCACCUCAGGAGUGCGGGUCUUCCGACCCCGAACUCCACCAGAGGCAAUUGCACUGUGUAGUCGUCUGCUGGAAUAUACACCAACUGCCCGACUGACACCAUUAGAAGCUUGUGCACAUUCAUUUUUUGAUGAAUUACGGGAUCCAAAUGUCAAACUACCAAAUGGGCGAGACACACCUGCACUGUUUAAUUUCACCACUCAAGAACUGUCAAGUAAUCCACCUCUAGCGACCAUCCUUAUUCCUCCUCAUGCUCGGAUUCAAGCAGCUGCUUCAACCCCUACCAAUGCCACAGCAGCCUCAGAUGCUAAUGCUGGAGACCGUGGACAGACCAAUAAUGCUGCUUCUGCAUCAGCUUCAAAUUCCACCUGAACAGUCCCGAGCAGCCAGCAGCACAGGAAAAACCACCAGUUACUUGAGUGUUACUCAGCAACAUUGGUCAUGGUCACGUUUGGAAAGAAAAAUUAAAAAAAAAGAGGAAAAAAAACACCCUGUUCAUUUUAGUGUUCAAUUUUUUUAUUAUUGUUGUUGUUCUUAUUUAACCUUGUAAAAUAUCUAUAAAUACAAACCAAUUUCAUUGUAUUCUCACUUUGAGGGAGAUCCGGGGUGGGAGGGGUUGAUGGGAAGGGAAAGCGGAGCACUAGAACACACAAUCUCUCUCCCACGACAAUCUUUUUUAUCAAAAAUGUGCUGUUGUAUACUUUAAAAAACAGGACUCCUGCCUCAUGCCCCUUCCGCAAAAGAAGACAACUUUUUUCUAUGCUGAAGUUUUUUUGAACUUUGUUUUCUUUUAAAAGUGAAGUCAAGACUUCGGUAUAGUGCACAGCUUGAAAUUGGUUGGGAGCUUAGCAGGUGUAACUCAAUGAGGACUUAAUGUCACUUGUAAAAUCAAUCCAUUUCCUCGGGUGUUAGCAGCCUUGCCUUUGGCACAGUGGUGGCAGAUGUGGCAAAAGACAAAAGAAAAGAAAUGUUUAUUUGUAACACCAGGAAGGUCGGUAACAUUUUGAAAUUUGUUCUAAGGGGGAAGAUUAAGAUUCUGAAUUGAUUUGUAAAGGUUUUAGUAUUUCUCAUAAUCAAUGCUAGCUGUGAAGAAACCUAAGUUGGAGGCUGACAUAGGAGGAGCAUGUUUGUUCUAUAGGUGGAUCUCUCACUGACCAAAGGUUCUCUGCAAAAAAAGUCAAUGAGCCAGUCAUUGUGGCUGCAGAAAUCAAAAGCUGGUGAGCCUGGAGGUAGAGGACAGGCCAAGAACAGAUCUCACCUUUGUGAAGGAAUUUGUCCCCCAAAAAAAUAAGUUGCUUCCUUUGGCAAGAUACAUAUGAAAGUAUGUUGUAGUUAAAUAAUGUGAACUCUAACAUUAUUACAGUUGGUUUUUUCAUAUUUCUAAAUUGCAAAUUAUACAUAAAAUGCCAGGUUCUGCACAUAGUUCUAAUUUUAAAUCCAAAUCUAAAAUCUGUUUUUAAUUUCAGCUUGUUUUAAUUUCAUGCUUUUUCCAUUUUAUUUAUUGAUGUGUGUCAGGUCAUUAUGAUAUAGGUAUACUAAGAAUUACACAUCAAAAUUAAUAUAAACAUGCACUUGUACCUGCUGAUUUCUAGGAAAACUGAUUAUAUAAAUGUAUGUAUGUUAUAUAUAAAUAUACAUAGAUUCAAUACUGCCCCCCUUUCCCCACACUAUCAGAAUUGAUUGGUUGAAGCAUGAGAAGAGAGUUUCUUCCCCCUACUCUAUAUUCAGUUUUUAUUUGUUUUGUGUAUUAGUGAACGGUGUAAAAAUAUCAGUCUUUGUUUUUGAAGAAAAAGCAAUAUUCCUUGGAAAGCAAGGAGGACCGAAGGAUUAUGUUAGCAGUGAGAAAACAGAUUUUCACAACUAGUUUGUUUUAUACUUUUAAGGUUGACAUCUAUGUGGGCCUUAUAUACUCUAAAAUGAACCUUAGUCACCUUGGUGCUUAUGGGCCAUUACUUGACCUAUGAAUCUUUAAGGCACAAUCAGUUGUUCUUUAUAUAUAAAGAUCCUCUGAGUGAUGGCUGUCUCCCCCUCCUACCUAUUCCUUGGCAUACAUUCCCUGGCUAGAUGAUAACUGUCAGGCCGUGGAAUAGAGCCCUCAAUUAUAUAAGACCUCCUAUUCUUCCUCAUUGCCACCUUCGGUCAUGUUAGAGGUAUUGCCCCGCCUGGUCAUUUAGAAUUGGAAUCUCUUGGCAGCCCUCCUGUUAGAUCCUGCUACCUGUCCUGCUGCUUAACCAAGUGUAUGUGACUCUCCAAAAGGGUCCUACUACCUGCUGACAUAAACCAGUACCCAGAAAGGCAACUGUGAGCCAUCUUUGUUUUCACUCAAUGUUUUGCUCAGCUCUUAGGCCACAAAAGGGGUUUCUCAAACCUCUUGUUAUAUCAGAGUUCAUGAGAAAGGAGACACAAUCAAGCCAAAUCAAAUAGUACUGAAUUUUAUUUUUUAAAAUGAACUUUGAGAACUAAUUAAGAUUUGAGGGAAGUCUGCAAAACUUUUGGCAGCAAGAUUCCUCAAGAGAACGGUUUGAAAGACCAGUUUUCAAAAAAUAUUUAUAAAAAAGUUGAACUGUAGGUCUGUAACAGAAAUAGGCCUACUUUCUAAUCAAAACUGCCCAGUAAAACAAUUUUACAGACACUACUCUGUAUGUGGUAUACGUUCCAGAGUCCACGAAUAUCUGUGCUUAUUUAGAAAACACUUCCUCCCACUCCCACAAAAUAGUGUCAGAGAAGAAAGAAAAGUCAGAUGCUUUUCUUCCUUUUAUAUAGUAUAAGUGUGAAGCCAGAGGUGCAUUUUUCUUUCUCAAGGAUCAUGAUGGGAUCACAGAACUCUUUUAUACAAGUGAGAUCCAGGUCUCUGAAUAUCUUUUGUAAAUAAUAAAUAGUAAUAAAAAGCUCCUCACCAAAUUCAAGCUUGUACAUUAUAUUUUCUUUCAAUGUUUUUAAGUUUUAUUGUUUUGUAUGUAAAUAUGUGGACCCAGGAACUGUUAUUAAUGAGCAAAAAGUUACUGUUCAGGGCAGUGAUUCUGUUUAAUAAUCAGACAAAAUGUAGACGAGCUUUUUAAAGCCAUAUAGUUUUAACUGUACAGUAGGUACCGGCCUGUAUUAAUGUAACAAUAACUCUAGCAAUGUAUAGUGUAUCUAUAUAGUUUGGAGUGCCUUCGCUUCCAUGUGUUUGAUUUUCUUUUUUAAAGUUUUUAAUUGGCUUCUCUGUCCAUGUCUUCCUUUCCCUCCCCUUUCCCUUUAAAGUUACAGUUUACUCAUAACACAGUGUCUGCCCCUUCCACAGUUAGGUUUCAUGAUACCAUUAGGUUGGAAAGAGGAAACCAUGUUCAUACACUGAUUCCAUUUAAGCCCUGCCUUUUGUUUUGGUUUUGAACAUCUGUUUCCUCUUCAAUAGCAGUGACCGGUUUCUUUUCUUCCUUUCUUCAGUAGGAACUUCUGUAGUGCCAGGAAGCCCUGGAGAUGGAGGAUAACGAAUAGAUUAGAUUUUGCUCGUCUCUUUCCCCAAGCCUAACCAUGGCUCUUAUAAGCAGCAGAUCCCAGGAGCUUUCCAAUGCUCACUCUCCUCUCCUUAUUUUCUUCCCAAAUGAGAGAGAGAAUUGGCUUCAUAAAUCAGUUUCUCAAUGGUCUUGGGUCUGGAUACCUUAGUGGUCUCAACUGCUAGCUCCUGAGUGCACUAUGUUACAGAGGACUUUCUCAGCAGGGACACACAGCCCCUUCUCUCCUCCACUGUUAAGCCAGGAUGUGGCAUUCUUAUUUUUCUAGAUCAACUUCUGUAAGUGUGCCUGUACUGAUAGCCUUUUUUGAAAGGAAGAAAAAUCAAAAUGUGUUUUGCCUUCAAUUCCUCCAUUUAAGAUGUCGAGUAGAAGAAGAAAAAAAAUUACCAAACCAAAGUUUGCUAUUUUUGAAACAUCAUGUGUUCAUUCCAGCAAGGCAGAAGACUGCACCUUCUUUCCAGUGACAUACAUCAUUUAUAAGUCCUCUUAAAUUUGUAGACAUAUUUUUAGUUUGUUUUAACAAAGCCUGCCUGACCAGUCAUUGCCUGCACUGAUGCAGAGGUUUCUCAGAGGACUGUUGUAUUCUGUAUCCCUGUGGAUAAAAAGACACUGGCCUUUCAUUUCUUUUUCCCUUUCCUUUUCAAAGGAUUUAUCUAUGGAAUCUUCCGACGGAAGUUUGGCCAAUGCCAGAUCCCCAGGAGUUGGGGGGGGUUUUCUUUGUUUUAAACCAAAUUGUGUGUGACUCCUAUCGUUCAUGUUAGUGAUCAUCUAAUCACAGAGCCGAACACUUCCCCUAAUAUAGAAAAAUUAAGCAUGCUUUACAAUAAAAUCUGUCUGGUAGAAACCUGAGCCACUGAAAAUGAAAGACAACUAGAAGCACAGUAGAGUGCCAGACUAAGGUCUAUAUUUGAAAGUAAUCCCUUGGUUUUGGAUUAUUUUCACAGAGUUAUGGCAUUUUGUUCCAAGUUUGAUGCUCCGUUUUGCACCUCUGCAAUAAAAGUAAAAUGACAACCAAUGCAUAAGGGGUUAGCUUGAUAAAGUAGACUUCCUUGUGUUGAUUUAAUUUUUAAGUUUUUUUAAACUAAUAUCUGUCUACAGGCAGAUACAGAUAGAUGUAUGAAAAUGUGCUUGCCUGUAAAAUUUGCAUUUAUAAAUGUGUUGCCGAUGGAUCACUUGGACCUGUACACAUACCAAUUAGCGUGACCACUUCCAUCUUAAAAACAAAUUUAAAAAAGUCAAAAUUUAUUAUAUAUAUAUAUAUAUAAAGGACUGUGGGUUGUAUACAAACUAUUGCAAACACUUGUGCAAAUCUGUCUUGAUAUAAAGGAAAAGCAAAAUCUGUAUAACAUUAUUACUACUUGAAUGCCUCUGUGACUGAUUUUUAUUUCAUUUUAAAUAUAAACUUUUUUGUGAAAGUAUGCUCAAUGUUUUUUUUUUCCCCUUUCCCCAUUUCCUUGUAAAUACAUUUCGUUCUAUGUGACUUGGUUUGGAAAUAGUUAACUGGUACUGUAAUUUGCAUUAAAUAAAAUGUAGGUUAGCCUGGAAAUGAAAUUAAAACUCACAAGUGUGUGGUCUUUAUUUCAGAACCCACCCUCUUCUCCACCCUAGCUAUUUUGCUACUACAAUAUAUAGUCACAUCACCAUCUGUUUUUCCAACUCAAAAAACAUGAAUCUUUGUUAUCAAGUCAAGAUAUGAACACUAGUUGUUCUUCUUGCUAAUGAUCUUAUUUCAUUGUAUAGCCCCAGGAAGUACAGCUUCCAUCUUGGAAACCUUUGGAUUUGAUGUAGAGGACGCUUUUAAGCCACUGCUUUGAAAGGGGGUUGGGGGGAACACCUGAAAGAAAAUUUUAAAACGUCUAUGCUGCUGUCUUUGAUUACUGUGUUCUUGGUUUGGUGUAGCUGUAUUUUCUUUGAAAUUUCAUCCCAUUAAAAUGGUCUUUGGGAGUAUGUAAAAAUAUAUGAACACCACAAACAAUGGGGCUGUACCUCCCAGGUAAAUGACACAUGUGUUUGAAUCUGCUCAUUUCCAAUACUGGAUGAUGUAUGUAAACAUGUUAUGUCUUAGUGCAAAAAAGAAACAUCACUUUUCAGGACUGGCUCGCUCUGUCAGGCCUAAUCUAAAGACUAGAUAUAAAGUCAUGUGACUGCUGCUUCAAUAAAAUCAAAUUUAUAUUGGAUAAAA